UAUACAGCGAGUGAAUUGUGUUGAAUUGUCUUCUUGUGUUCAAAGUAAUUUUCCUUUAGAAACUAUAGAUAACUGAAUUAAAAUUAAUAAACCCCUCACUGUUGUUCUUGUCAGUUUGCACAGUUAUCGAGAAGGUAAAGUGAGCAUAUAAUAAAACAGGGAGGCGCCUAGUACAUAGAUCCAGACAGGGAUUGUAUAGCAUCAACUACAACAUCAUGAAGUUGCUAACGUGUCUUUUGUUCGUCUUCGCUACAGCGAUGGCAAAACCCAAAGAUAUUAUUGAAUUUUUCGAAGGAAAAAGUCCAAGUAACUUGAAAUGGGCCCACGCCGUAAAUACAAAAGAUCUUCUCGACAAAGCUUUGAAGGAUACCAGCAUUAAUAUGAUUGAAGCUGACGUGCGGAUGGGAAAACUUAAGACAGAGACAGCAUAUGCUGUUGAUGAUAUUCCAAUAAUGUCUCAUGAUACAGCAGAGUCAGACUUAUCCCUUGAAGAAUUCUUAAUACAGGUGAAAGGGCAGACAGCGGAAAGAAAAGUUGGAAUUAAGUUGGAUUUUAAGGAUUUGUUAGCUUACAAUCAACUUGACACGGAAAAGUUUCAAACCGAUAUAAAUGCAUUAAACGUUCCUGUUUUGUUAAAUGCUGAUGUUGUCAAAGGCCCAGGAAAAACUCCAAAAGCCGGAGUUUCAAUUAAACUGAUCGAAAAACUUGAAGGAGUUCUAUAUUCUUUAGGCUGGACAACUGGUGACUUUAUAGAAGAAGAAAAAGAAGAAGCGAAACCUGAAAAAAAAGAUGGUGAAGAAGCGCAAAAAGAAAAGGAUAAUGAAUACACUGAAACCCAUGUAAAGGCUAUGGAAAUAUAUGUAAAAACGAAUUUCGUAGAAUCUAAGAUUACGUUCCCCGUGCGCGCAAUGUUUCUGUCGAGGAACGUAAAGGUAUUCACGGAAUACCUUAAGGAUGAAAAAUAUACUAUGACAGUAUGGUCGGCCGAGGAUGAUGACAAACAUAUAAAAAUUCCCGAAUUGAGCAAUUUUUUGCUAGACAAUAGCAAGAAAGUUUUUGUUGAUAUCCCUAAAACCGUACAAGAUUCCAUCGACAAGCACCGGAAGAAUGGCGGUACAUCUGCGAUGCCGAUGGCUGCUACGAUUCUUGCGUUCAUAGCACUGGCUUUAAACUAUUUCAAUUAAUAAUUAAGUCUGUUUGAUCAUAUUUAUUCUGUGUUUCAUUAUAAAUGUACAACUUUGAAGCGUUAUUUGAUAAAUGUAAGAUUAUAGUAUAAUAGUUCAUCUUCCCUUUUAAUAAACGUUCGUAUAUUUAAACAAAUUGAAUAAGA